AUGGCCAUUGAUCGUUAUUAUUCUGUACGUUCAAUUAAAGUAGCCGGCCCUUCAAGUAGAUCAGGAAAUUGUUUUCGGGCACUCUUAAUCUCCGUCCUUAUUUGGGUUCUUUCUCUUCUACUUUCGUUCCCUUUACUCAUUUAUUAUCAAAUCAACAUGCUUUAUGUAUUUAAAGAUGUUUAUGUAUUAAAAGAGGAAAGUUUAAAAUCAAAAGGAAAUUCAAGUUCUGUAGAAUUAAAAAGCUAUGGUUGGAGACAAUGCCGUUUAACAACUACGAGUGAUACUGUUGGGGGACAUGGAACUUUUAUUCAUUAUGAUGAGGGGAUAGUUAAUGAAAGGAUGUUAGGAAUGUCAUUAAUGCAAGCAUUGAUGCUUUACGCUGUCCCUCUCAUUGUUCUUUUAAUUUUUAAUCUUAAAUUAACACGAUUUUUGGAAAAGAAUUCAAAAAAUAUGAAUAAUCGUUUACCUAAAGUUUCUGUUUCUGCAACGCAACAAAAUAGAGUUGAAAAGAUGGAUCGUCGAACAUCAGAUAAUGAGUCUUUAAGUUGUGCAGAAAAACUUAUGGAAAAUUCAGAUGGACAACUUAAAGGGGCAAAAAGUACAAAAUCUGGCAGUCUUGUAUCUGGAGUAGCAGUUGCUUCUUCUACUACAAAUAAUUUAAGAAAAAGUUCUGGAGGGGCUUUAAUUAACAAUCAACAGAAAAGAAGAAAUAAAACAACAUCCCUUUUAAUUGCUAUGGCUGGGUCCUAUGCAUUUUUGUGGUUCCCAUUUACUUUAAUUUCUGUUCUGAUUGAUCUUGAUUUAAUGGAAGGAGGUUCCCCAACAAUGGAAAGAGUUGAUCAAGCAUGUAAAUUGAUUUCAAUUUUAUCAAUUUGUGUAAACCCUUUCCUUUACGGAUUUUUAAAUACAAAUUUUCGUUCUGAAUUUAACGAAAUAUUUAUUAAAUGUAUUCAUUGCCUUCCUUUAAUUCUUCGACAAACAAUAGAAAAGAAGCAAUCAACAAAAAUACAAAUUGUGGGAAUUAAAAGAAGAAAUGUUAGCAUUAAAAGGAGUAAUUCAAAUAGUAAAAAGAAUUGUUUUGAUAAAAAUAAAGAUGUAAUUCUUUAA